UUCAUGAGGCGAUUACACGCAAAUUGUUUGUUUAUUUGCUUUAAAAUCAGUUUCAGUGAUGUCUCGCUCUUUCUAUGUGGAUUCUCUGAUGGUAAAGCCUGGUCACUCAUCGUCCGAGUCAUCUAGGGGGGUAAACCCUUCCAUCCCGGUCAGUGAAGCCUUACUGUCCCGCCACCUCCUACACUCGGCCGCACCCCUCCCCAGCUACGUCCGACACCCAGGGGAAAUGCUUGGAUUCUGUUGCCCACUAUGUAUACACCCUUCUCCGUCGGCCGCUGUACCCACAACAGUGUCCGCAGCCACCCCCCUCAAGCCUGCUUCUACCCUAGUGCCUAUGCCAAAAACUAUGAUCGGGGGACACCUGACCCAAGGGUUUAAUCAUCAGUACCCCCACCUGGACUUGGUGACGUCAUACUCCCAACACCAGCCUCACUCCGCUGUCACUACCCAGUACGAACCUGUCUCCCAGAAGCGGCCACGAUGUACAAACAGCGAUGUGAACGGACCGUCGGACGAUCUGCCAAGCAGCAAGCGGAUUCGUACAGCGUUCACAAGCACACAGCUCUUAGAUCUUGAGAGAGAAUUUGCAUCGAACAUGUAUCUUUCCCGGCUUCGUCGUAUCGAGAUCGCAACAUAUCUCAACCUAUCAGAGAAACAAGUGAAGAUCUGGUUCCAGAAUAGGCGUGUCAAAUACAAGAAAGAAGGCGGGUCUGACUCACGUGACCAAUGCCGCUGCUUGCGCACGUGCUCCUCGCGACACGACAAACGGAAGAUUGACAGCUCGUGUGAAGGGAAAGGCGAAAGGGGCGUGUCUUGUGGGCGCGAUGAGACAAGCAGCGAAGAGGAAGACGAGGAAAUUUGCAUGUCUGAAUCGGAUUUGCCUUCGUGUCUGACAGGGACCGACUGUGAAACUGAUUCACGUUUACCUCACGCGGAGGGGAGGGAGCGGCCGACUGACACGACGGUGUCGGAAAAACACAGAGAGGACCUUGCAAUCUGAACACUGUAGGACAAUACAAAACCGAGGGCCGGAGUUGUGCAAUAUGACUUGAUAUAUAUUAUAUUUACCAUUUACUGUUUACAUAUGUAUUUAAUAAUAUGUGCAAUAUAUUCUCAGGGCGUCAGAGAUACAAUUAGGCUGUUGAUAGGACUAACUGUGUUCAUUGAAAGGCAUAUGCGAUACAUUGAUAAAGGAAUAUUUUGUGAGAUCCUUUUAACGUUGUUUAAUAUUUUCACAAUGUACAAACUAUUAAAAUGCCACAUGCUAUGGUGUCAGGUUAUCCUGGUAUAUCGCCACCUGUCCAGGAAAUAUAGAAUCAUAUUUUUUGAAUCGACACUGUUCAUAUUUGACGUGAAUUUGAAACCUAUGCAUGUAUGACAAAUUGCCUUCACAGUUGCAUUGUUGUAUUUAUGACUGCUACCUGAUCGCCGCCGAUAUGCAUCACCAAGUGCCUGUCCCGUUAUCGAGUCGCCCGCUAAGCAAGGGGACCUGCUAUUUGUACAUGUUGAAUAAAUGGUUAUAAACCAUCUGUAUAUAUCUUUUAG